CAGCCACAGGUAGCAUCAAACUCCAUAGGUUGAGUCCGCCAGUGUCGGUCUUUACAAGAGCUAAGAGGUCCAAGUCACGCUCGAUUCACCAAAUUUAUAAAUCUAUAGUUUUGAAUCCGUGCAUAUCGCUGAAGCAAAAGGUAUCUUUACCAAUUGAAGCUUGACAUCAGCAUACAACAUUUUAAUACCGACACUCAGGAUUGCGGCAGCACAGUAAAACCUCUGGCAGCAGGCGCUAAGAUAGACCAUGGCGGAAGUUCAAGCACGUCUUCAGAGUCUCUCCGAAGAAUUCACCAAGCUACAGCAGGAGUUACAAACCGCCGUACAGUCGCAACAAAAGCUCGAGGCUCAGAAGCAAGAGAACACAAACGUGCAAAAAGAAUUUGAACGUCUUAAGAAUGGCGAGAACAUCUACAAACUAGUUGGCCCAGUAUUAUUGAAGCAAGAUAAAAUCGAGGCCGAGAGCACAGUCAACGGACGCUUGGAAUUUAUUAGCAAGGAGCUUGAGAGGACAGAAGACCAGAUCAGGGAGUUACAAGAGAAAAUCGAGAAGAAAAAAGGGGAGAUCAUCCAAGCCCAAGCAGGAUUACAAGCGGGAGGUGGCGCACCAGGGAAAGUAGCAGCAAAGGGCUAAGAAAUCAUGAAAGAAUUCUAGUUCGCAAGAGAGUCAAAGAGGUAAGAUUCUCAUAAGGAGUGAAAUGAAUGAAAAUUAAAUAAGAGGGU